AUGGCGGCGACGAAUACAGACAUGCAUAUGCUUCAGGAAAGUCCAACGGCACAUCGUAUUCCUCAGCACCAACCGUCGUCACCUUUCCACUCUCUAUCCUCGCCGUCCCUUGCGGAGAGUAUUCGCAGCCUUCGCGACGACUCGACGCGCUCGCACAACGUGCCGGCCACUACAGACGAGCAACACCAAAUCCGAGGACGUCGCAAGCCUGUCCCGACUCCGCUGUAUCCAACUGGCAAUAACGGGUCCUCAUAUCAGCAGUCGUCCUAUCAAGACUCACCCCGCUUCGACGAACCGCGUAGUCCGCGCGAGAAGCUUGACGCAUUGCUUGCGGAGGAGCAACAUCACACCUCGCCCAUUCGCCCAACCAAGCCAGCGCAUCCCCCUACACCACCCAACGUCGCUGCCCCAAACUUCACGCAGCCUUCGAGGCCGUCUGCGUAUGCAAAACUCCGGCAGGUGUCGUCGCCCACGCUGUCCUCGGCUGGAAUUUCCCCACCAGCGUCACCUGUCACCAUGCCUCCACCAUCGCGGCCGAACCGACCUGAGACGAGACCGACGGUGCCUGUCCGCAACCCCUCAAUAGACUCAGCAGCAUCAUCACUAUCCUCGACUGCCUCCCAGAACCGCCCUCCUGCCAACCAUGCGCCCCGACCAUCGCAAGAUACGAGCACCGCGAACCCCCAGAUAUGGCCGCUUUGA